AUGGAAGGAAUUCGUAUACUACGGAACUAUAUGAAGAAUUUUAUAACUAACCAAGCGCAAGAUACAGCAACUCAACCGGAAUGUAUAGUGUCAGAUGCCACUGCACUAGUGUUAUGCGUAUCACGUAUAGCUGGUAUUGCGCCCCUUCGGUUCAGGCGACACCGUGAUGGUUGGCUCAUCAGUGUAUCGCCGUUCGCUUUCGUGUAUAGCAUUAUAAUAACUUCAAUAAUAGUAAGCAUGGGUAUAGCUGGACUGAUUCUUGAUCUGGAGGUGGAUCCAUCUCGGUCGCUGCGUGCGCGUAGUCCCACCAGACGCAUGCUGUGGAUCGCAGAUUUUACCGUCGUUAUAUUGACGAUGCUGGUCGGCGUCAUCGGCGGGCCCCUCCGGAUGAACGAUAUGAUACGAUACUUAAACCAAACAAACAAGAUAAAAAUGAGUAUAGAUAACAUACAACCCGUGAUUUUGAAAAGGAGGAAACAUGUUAUUCUGACUUUGCUAUCAAUUAUUGCCUUCGGAUUGAUCCUCAUUGGAGAGUAUUAUAUGGCAUACAACCUGGCAAUACAGUUUGGUACGGAUUUGUUCUCCGCAGUAGAGGCGCUCAACGAACCAUUAUCAAGUUUACUGAAUAUUGCAGAAUCGAAACAGAAUUACAUAAGUUUUACACAAAAACCUAGAAGACACUGUGAAACCGUGCGGCAUCUCGCUCUUUCAUAUAUUAAACUAUGUUUAGUGGUGAAAGAGGUGAACAAAUGUCAUGCAGUAACUGUAUUACUAAUGUUUUGCAAUAAUCUUACGCAUUUAAUUAUUGCGCCCUAUUACCUACUGUUAACUUUAUUCACUCCAAGUCCAAACCCUGCGUUAUUGCUAGUAGAGAUGUCAUGGUGUGUAGCGCACAUCAUCAGCUUGUUGAUGGUCGUGGAGCCGUGCCACUGGACACAGGAAGAAGCCAGCCGCACACAGACCUUGGUGAGUCGGCUGACAGCUAGAUUGGCUGGGACCGAUCCUUCCCUAGCUACUGAACUAACGAAGUUCUUCAAGCACCUCAUACUGAAUAAAAUUAUAUAUUCGCCGCUAGGGAUCUGCCAACUCACAAGAUCCUUGUGUGCCUCUAUAACUGGCAGCUUGACGACAUAUUUAGUUAUACUAUUGCAAUUCCAGUCUAUGGAGGAAAAAAAAGAGGGCCCGGGUUAA